AUGGGCACAGUACUAUCCCUUUCCCCUGCAUUCAGGAAGAACAGCUACUAUGACACGCGGCCUGGCUCACUCAACCACUACCCGAGCCUGAGCAGCCGUUCGCUCAACACUCAGAAAGACCGCACCAGUGGCCUGAAACGGGGACAGUCAAUCUUUCUCCCAGCCCUCACCUGGAAACGCCUGGUCGCCUCCACCAAGAAACGAGGGGGCUCUAAGAAAUGUCCUGGGGGUCCGGGGUCACUUGGAGACCCCCUCAACAACAACAACAUCUACCAGAAGGAUCCGGUGUUGCACCUCAACCGCGAGAAUGUCAAGAAGUCUCUGUCGUGUGCCAACCUCUCAAGCUACGACGGGCCAACGGGACUGGGUCUGGGGAUAGGCUUCGGCCAGGGGCACUACAGCUAUGGCAUGGGCAUGAAGCCCCAGCAGUUGUCCUCUGUCAAGAAGGUGCCCCACCAAGGAACGGCCGCCUCAUCCCCCAAGCGCAUCAUCGUCCAGGCGUCCACCAGUGAACUUCUCCGGUGCCUGGGUGAGUUCCUGUGUGGCCGCUGCUACCGGCUGAAGCACCUCUCCCCUGCGGACCCGGUGCUGUGGCUGCGGGCGGUGGACCGCUCUCUGCUCCUCCAGGGCUGGCAGGAUCAGGCCUUCGUGACUCCGGCCAACGUGGUGUUUGUCUACAUGCUGUGUCGUGAUGUGGUGGAUGGAGACCUGGUGGCGUCAGAGCACGAGCUUCAGGCCACACUACUCACCUGUCUCUACCUGUCCUAUUCCUACAUGGGCAAUGAGAUAUCCUACCCACUGAAACCUUUCCUGGUGGAGGCUGGCAAGGAGGCCUUCUGGGACCGCUGUCUAGCCAUCAUCGACGCCACCAGCGCCAAGAUGUUGCGCAUCAACGCCGACCCGCACUUCUUCACCCAGGUGUUCGCUGAGCUGAAGAGUGAAGGGGGCUGCAGCCCACAGGACUACAGCCGCGUGCUGGACCGGUGA